CAGCUGUGGAGACUGUGGGGCUUUGGUGGUAGGGUCAAGGUUAUCCCCACGAGAAAAUCCAUAGCUACUCCUUUCUAACUCUCCCGCCUUCACUUCUACUUGAAUCUCAACCUAUUUGCAGCAGAGCAGACCCAGUCAAGUGACCCACCUCACCAUGUCUUUCCUUUUUACAAUCUAGAGAGAAGAACAAAUAUUCACUGCCAAAAAGUAGAGAGAGAAAGUAGUGGUAGUGGUAGUGGUAGUGGUAGUGGCGGAUGAAGUAGUAGAGGUAGAGGGCUUGUGGUGGAGCUGCCUCUCUGGAAAUGGACACCCCAGAGAGGAACCAGAUCGGCACUCCCAAAGCCAAAUUUGAGGAUUCUCCUGUCUUUAACUACAUCAAUAGUCUUUCUCCUAUCAAGCCAGUUAAGUCUGUACAUAUUACUCAGACGUUCAGCUCCCUCAGUUUUGCAUCCCUUCCAUCUGUUUUCACUUCGCCCCAUGUCAGUGCUCACAAGGAAUCCAGAUUCCUCAGGAGGCAUAACACUUCAGAUCCGUCAAAACCUGAGUCCACUCUGGCAAGUGGAAAUAAAGUCUCUGCAAAUGAAGAUGCAGCUCAACUUUAUAUUAACUCAGAAGAGCUACGCGAAGAUUGUGUUCCAGGGGUUUCUACAGGAGAAGAUUCUGUAGAGCCAUCUAGUGAACACUCAAAGUUUGUAAUUGAGCUACCACGGAAUUUGAAAUAUGAUUGUGGUAGCCCUGACUGUGACCCAACUCGUUGUGGUACUGAGGCACAUUGUGAGUUGGAAGUGGCCGACUUGUCCGCUCCACUUGUUCCAUAUGUUCAAAAGACCUCUGAAGAAGGUUCAUCCAAUGAUGAAGGACAUCUACAGAUUAUAUGCCAGACUGUGCAAAGAAAAGAAGUGACAGGCUGUGAUUGGGAGAGUUUGAUUUCUGAUGCUGCUGACCUGUUAAUUUUUGAUUCCCCCAAUGGCACAGAGGCUUUCAAGGGGCUAAUGCAGAAUUCUCUGGACCCUGUAACAAGAUUUUGUACUUCUCUUGCGCCGCAGCUCACGCAAAAUGAUGUUAAUGAUGAGCAAAAUGUGCAAGUCCUUGAUAUAGUUGGUUCUGGCGGACAACUUGAAACUGAAGAUCCUUCCUCUCAAUAUGGAGAAGCUAGUCAGCUGGAAAGAACAGAACAGAUGGAGGGCCAUUUAAAUCAUUGUAUGGUUAGCAGUCAAAGUGAGAAAGAAGAUAAUAAAGUGGAAACACCCAUGCAGUUCAAUUGUAAGCCUGCUGUUUUAAAUUUGCAACGUGGCUUGCGAAGGCGCUGUCUAGAUUUUGAGAUGGCAGGAGCUCGCAGGAAGAGUUUAGAUAAUGUUUCAAACAGUAGUUCUAAUAUGCUAUCUCAAUCUGAUGAAAAAAUCACCACAAAUGAUAAGCAACUAGUUCCUAUGAAACCCGGUGGUGAAUCCUCACGGUGCAUCUUACCUGGAAUUGGUUUGCACUUAAAUGCUCUUGCAAAAACCUCAAAAGACUACAAAAUCAUCAAGUGUGAAAGUCUGGCUUAUGACAGGCAACUAAGUUUGCCCAACUCCACUGCCGACAUUCAUUCCCCCACCGGUGGUCAAGGACCUGGUCAUGAAUCUUUCUCUUCAGCUUCUUCAGAAAGAGACAUGGAUGUUGCUGAAAAUGGGGUUCAGCUGGCUCACGAUGCUUCCCAAGAACCUGCAUUUUUAGCUAAUGAAGAGUUCAACCAGAAUAGCCCCAAAAAGAAGAGGCGCAGGUUUGAACAUGCUGGAGAAACCGAGUCUUGCAAACGUUGUAACUGUAAAAAAUCGAAGUGUUUGAAACUUUACUGCGAAUGCUUUGCUGCUGGUGUCUACUGCAUAGAACCAUGUUCAUGUCAAGAAUGCUUCAACAAGCCUAUCCAUGAAGAUACUGUUCUUGCAACUCGUAAACAGAUUGAGUCUCGCAACCCACUUGCAUUUGCUCCGAAAGUGAUUAGGAGCUCUGAUUCUGUUCCUGAACUUGGGCAGGAGGAAUCCAGCAAGACCCCAGCUUCUGCACGACAUAAAAGAGGAUGCAACUGCAAGAAAUCAAGCUGCCUGAAAAAAUACUGUGAAUGCUAUCAGGGCGGUGUUGGAUGCUCUAUUAGCUGCAGAUGUGAAGGCUGUAAAAACGCAUUUGGUAGAAAGGAUGGAUCUUUUAUAGGAACAGAAGCUGAGCUAGAUGAGGAAGAAGCAGAAGCAUGUGAAAAGAGUGUGGCUGAGAAACAUCAACAGAAAAUUGAAAUUCAGAAAAAUGAAGAGCAGCGCCCGGAUUCUGCUCUUCCCACAACGCCUUUACGGCUUUCCAGACAAAUGGUUUCACUGCCAUUUUCAUCAAAGAACAAACCGCCGCGCUCUUCUGUUUUUAGCAUUGGAGGAUCCUCUUCUGGAUUGUAUACAAGCCAGAAACUCGGAAAACCAAAUAUUCUGCGACCCGAAUCCAAGUUUGAGAGACAUAGCCAAACUGUUCCAGAGGAUGAAAUGCCGGAGAUUCUUCAAGGAGAUGGAUCUCCUAGCACCGGCGUCAAGACUGCUUCUCCCAAUAGUAAGAGGGUGUGCCCUCCUAAUAGUGACUUUGGGCCAUCACCUGGUCGAAGGACUGGUAGGAAAUUAAUUUUACAAUCCAUCCCUUCGUUUCCGUCUCUCACUCCCCAGCAUUGAGAGCAUUGAGAUGGUCAGAUUUUCGUUGUGGAAAGUAGAACAAAAUCUUUUAGUUUGCUUAAAGAUAAGUUGUUUAGUUUCUUUCUGUAUGUCAUUUAUUAAGUUAGUUUUCUGUACUUGUAUAAUAAUAUGUGGUAUGGUGUCCUGCUCUCAUAAUACCCAACUCUUCGUUGUAUAAUAUGGAAUUUCAAUCUAUAGUUCAUCUUUUCCUCCCUUUUGUUUC